AUGGAUCAUACCUUUGUGAAAACGUUAGAAAACCAUAGCAGAUCCAAUGAUGAUCAUGAUCAUGAUCAUAGUCAUGGUUUAUGGAUUCAACUCCCUGACGAUAUCUUAUUCGAUAUACUUGUAAGACUUCCGGUUAAAUCUCUCAUGCGAUUCCAGUAUGUUUGUAAAUCAUGGUAUUUUUUCUUGACCUGCAACGAUCCUGCUUUUAUUGACCUCCAAUUAUCACGUUCUCAGUCUCGACUCAGUGGCACCAAACUACUUAUCUCUACUAGCAGCUUCGGUGAGCGCCAGUGCCGAUGUUUCCAGAGUUUAUUAUUAGUAGACCUUGAGAAGGGAGAUAGGAACGGUAGGGCCACUCAACCUUUAACCAUGCCCUGUAAUCCACACCACUCUUUCAGCCUCUCUGAAAGCAUUAAGGGCUUGGUCUGUUGGCACCAGAGGGGUUACACUAAGAAGAUCAUGAGCAUAUAUAUUUGUAAUCCUAGUACUCGUGAACUCAUGAAACUUCCCGUAGCUCCUCAGAAUCAAGUCACGAAGACCAAUAUGCAUGUCUAUUAUUAUUUUGGCUUUGAUCCAUCUUCAAAGGAAUUCAAAGUGCUGACCAUCCAAUUUGCUUCUUUUCCUUGGCACUGUGGAGUGGCCUUUUGGAUUUUCACUCUAGGUGGUAAAUCAUGGCGACAGAUACAUCCUCCUGACUCGCCUUUCGGUUUGGAUAAUGACGAACCUCCUUGGUUUAUAGAGUUGGAAAACUGUGUCUGUCUCCAUGGUGCAUUGCACUGGAUCAGGAUGCUUAAGCAAAAGAAAGCUAUAGUGGUUUUUGAUCUGAGAGAUGAGAAUUUUCAUGCAAUUUCAAUCCCUAACAUCAAUUCCCCGUUUAUGCUACUUCAAGUUGAUGGACAUUUGGUUGUGUUAAAUCUCCUUCAGGGUGUCUUGCACACACGGGAGGUGGAGAUGUGGACACUGGAGGACUAUACAAAUGAGCUUGAAAUCCAAAUUGAAUUGCAAGGAGUACCUCUUGUUAAGAGGGCUAUUGAGGACCUUGAAAAGCCUACAAAGCCGAUUUUUGGUGGAAAGUUGAAUGAAAUUUGUUCUGGCCAAGUAAUAUCAGAAGAAGCAAGUCCUGAUUGA